GUCAGCGGAGACGCUGACUGCGGACGGCGGGGAGGCCCGCAGCCAUGGCCGACACCGCUGCGCCGCCGCCGGCUGCCGCCCCAGUGCCGGGGCUCCCGGCUGCCCCCGGCAGCAACCCGCUGUCCCGAAAGCUCAACAAGAUCCUGGAGACUCGUCUGGAUAACGACAAGGAAAUGCUUGAAGCACUGAAGGCACUGUCGACCUUUUUUGUUGAAAACAGUUUGCGCACCCGAAGAAACUUGCGUGGAGACAUUGAACGAAGAAGUUUAGCCAUAAAUGAAGAAUUUGUCCACAUAUUCAAGCAAGUUAAAGAGGAGCUUGAGAGUAUAAAUGAAGAUGUGCAAGCGAUGAGCAGCUGCUGUGAAGAUAUGUCCAGUCGUUUGAAGGCAGCAAAGGAACAAACCCAGGACUUGAUAGUAAAAACUACAAAACUCCAGGCAGAAAAUCAGAGACUGGAAAUGAAAGCACAAGUUGCCGAUGCAUUCAUAGCAAAAUUCCAGCUGACACCAGAUGAAAUGAACCUCCUUCGAGGCACAAAAGAUGAGCCAAUUACAGAGGAUUUUUUCAAGGCUUUGGGAAGAGUAAAGCAAAUUCAUGAUGAUGUCAAGAUUCUCCUCCGGACAAAUCAGCAGAGAGCAGGCUUGGAAAUUAUGGAACAGAUGGCUUUACUGCAAGAAACGUCUUAUGAACGACUUUACAGAUGGACUCAAAAUGAAUGCAGGAGUUUGACACAAGAGUCAUGUGACAUUUCUCCAGUUCUUGCUCAAGCCAUGGAAGCCCUACAAGACAGACCUGUCCUCUAUAAGUACACUUUGGAUGAGUUUGGAACAGCUAGGAGGAGUGCUGUAGUCCGUGGCUUUAUAGAUGCUCUCACCAGAGGAGGUCUGGGAGGUACUCCCCGCCCGAUUGAAAUGCACUCCCACGAUCCUCUGAGGUAUGUAGGAGACAUGCUGGCCUGGUUGCAUCAAGCUACAGCUUCUGAAAAAGAACACCUAGAAGCUAUGUUAAAGCUUGUAACUAUUCAAGGUGUGGAAGAAAAUAUUCAAGAAGUAGUUGGGCACAUCACAGAAGAUGUCUGCAGGCCUCUGAAGGUUAGAAUUGAGCAGGUGAUUGUUGCUGAGCCAGGAGCAGUUCUACUGUACAAGAUUUCUAAUCUUCUAAAGUUCUACCACCAUACAAUCAGCGCUAUUGUAGGAAACAGUGCAGCCACAUUGUUGACAACAAUUGAAGAAAUGCAUUUAUUGAGCAAGAAGAUAUUCUUUAGUAGCCUGAGCCUUCAUGCAAGUAAACUAAUGGACAAGGUUGAACUCCCACCUCCUGAUCUUGGCCCAAGCUCUGCACUAAAUCAGACGCUUAACUUGCUGCGGGAGGUUCUGGCAUCUCACAACUCAUCUGUUGUUCCACUGGAUGCCCGUCAAGCUGACUUUGUGCAGGUUCUGUCGUGUGUGCUAGAUCCGUUGUUACAGAUGUGUACUAUGUCUGCAAGUAGUUUGGGCACGGCUGAUAUGGCAACCUUCAUGGUAAAUUCACUUUAUAUGAUGAAGACUACUUUAUCUCUCUUUGAAUUCACGGACAAACGUCUAGAAAUGUUACAGUUUCAGAUUGAAGCUCAUUUAGAUACACUCAUAAAUGAACAAGCUUCCUAUGUGUUAACAAGAGCUGGUCUGAGUUACAUAUAUAACUCUGUGCAGCAACACAAACCAGAACAGGGUCCUCUUUCACAUGUGCCAAGUAUGGAUUCUGUGUCUCUGAAGGUUGCAAUGGCUCAGUUUGAUCGCUAUCUUUCCGCUCCAGACAGUCUGAUAAUGUCCCAGCUGAAUUUCCUUCUGAGUGCCACUGUGAAAGAGCAGAUAAUAAAACAGUCAAUGGAGCUGGUCUGCAGAGCUUACAGUGAGUUAUAUGCAGCUGUGAUGGAUCCUUCAAAUGAAUAUAAGGAUCCAGAAACCAUACUACACAGAUCUCCUCAUCAAGUUCAGACGCUCCUUUCAUAGUCUUGCUUCCCCCAAGUUUAUCAGAGUCCAUAAUUCUGUAUUUGUUGAGUAUUUGCAUCAAGUUAUUUUUCUGUUUUGAAUUUUUAUGUGUAUGUAACAGUAUAGUUAAAAUAUGUAAGAAUGCGGAUUUGUUUAAUCAGCUUGUCAGAAGUCUAGUCUUUCCUGUGUCUUUGAAUACCUUCUAUUAGCCAUAAAAUAGAAUAUAGAUUAAAAAAUUAUUUUAAUGUAUUCCUUUAAUGGAAAUAGACCUUGACAGUAUGCAAUCUCUUUGAAAAAUGGAGUAAUGGAAACAAGCUUUUUCCCUGCUGGACACAAUCCUUUCAGCUAGUGUUGAACCAGUGUCUCUUAUGACCUCACUGAUAUUUUUAUUUGCUUUUUUCCUGUUCUUUCACUCUUUUUCUUAGCCUGUCUUCGGUGAACACUGAUAACUCUAGUUUUAAUACAACUGAUAUGUUUUGAAUGCCUCAAGUCCAUCACUUUUAUAGCUCAUAAAUAAUACCAGAAUAUUUGAUGUUGGUUUUCAAAUCCUGUUGAUUAAAUCUUUGGGGCAAAAUUUGUGUGCUCUUUUUUUAAUCCGUUGUUAUUGUUGCUAGUUCUGGUAUUUUCUGUAAGAAAAAGAAAUAUUUUAACUAUGUGCAUUGCACAUAACAUGGUACUUAAUGCUUUAAGUUAUUUGUAUAGUUUUGUUUGACUGGAUGGAUUUUGUUUGGUGCAGUCAUUCUAUAGGAAUCCUUACAUCAGUUGAAACUUGGGAGAUUGCAUAGGGCUGGAACUAAUAACAGUGGAGGCUUGGAAAGUGGUUUUCACAGCAGUAUGGCUACUCCUCCUUCACAUGUACACGGUUUUUGUUCUACUUUUUUUAAUGACAGAAAAAAUCCAUCUGCUGUAGUACAAGCAUUUAUUCAGUUAAUCAUCCACCAAGAGAUUUUCAUGGUUUAUGCAGUGGUGCUUCAAAACAUUAUAGUUAAGUUCACCUCUGGGAGCCACAGGUUGUCCUGGAAAGAGAGCCUGAGGGUGUAGUUGUUUGAGGCUGAUAUGUAGAAAGCCAUGAGUGAAGAUUUCAUUUCUUUCCUCCUUUGGUGCAAAUCUGGACUUGCUCUAUGUAGAAACCCUAAUUAUAUAGAGAGUUAUGAUUUAGGCGACCUUUGUUUCCAGUAGAAGAGGAAAAUAGAGAAGUAGGGCACUCAUUCUCUCUUAUGAUAAUUCUCUGCACAUUCCUUAAAUAUUCUUCUUUUGGGAAAGCCUUGUUAUUGAGAAACCUGAAGGAAUCAAAAUUUUGUAAAAGGGAUUUGUAGUGUUUUGUUGUUAGGUUUUCGUUUGUUUUUAUUUUUUAAGGGAUAAUUUAAGCUGUUUCCUUGGAAGCAUUUCACUUUUUUUUCCCUCUUUUUUGUAUGGGUGCCACAGCAUUAUUACAGUUGCCUGAGUUUACACUCAUAUUAGAUGUGGCUUACUUAUAUACAUCAAGGGGGAGAUGAGCAGUCGUUCAUAUUGAAUAACUUACAUAUAUUAUUUAUCAGUAAUAAUAUUCCCCAUAUAAAAUAUAUACGUAGUGGCAGCCAAGUCUGCAGUUUAAUGCACGCUUGCAAAAGAGCAAGAAAUAGAGAAGAGCAAUAGCAAUACAUUUUAGUCAAUUAGAAAACUCAUUGCACCAGAGGUAUCUGAUGUGCUCAGAAGUCAGCUACGUAGGUAAUACUGCAAUAAAGACAUUUCUCCUUUUCCAAAUGGGCAUAAUUUGUUUGUAUAAUAGAAAAAGAUUUGAAAAUGUAAGUAUCCCUGGAGUUCUUGGAUUGGGCAUAAAUUCUUCUGUAAGUGUGAAUGUUAGAUUGAUUCUGUUUUAAAAACUCCAGAAAAAAUUCUAGAAGCUUAGAAAAGCUCUAAUGGAAAAUUAUGCUCUUUUAGGCAAGGCACUUUAAAUUACUCAGAUUUUGCAUUACCAUAGUAUAUAUUCAGAAGGCUAUUCAUUGUUGUUUAAUAAUGUUAAUAUUGCUUAAUAUAGCUCUAAUUAUAUAAUAUGUGAAAAUUACAUCAGUUGUGAAAGAUUUAUAAAUUAGCUUGUUAUUAGAUUAAACUGUUCAUAAGAGUGAAUUUUCUCCUGAAAUUAGCCUCAACCUUAGUGUCCAGUAAUCAGUCAGUAGUUUGCAUGAGGAUUAGUAAGAAGUUGCUUCCUGUCUUCGAGUCUGUGUAGAGACUUUGCCGUGAUUUUAUCUUCUCUUACUGAAAAUUCAAAAGUGAUGAAAGUUGUAACCUCUAAAAAUCAAAGUUAAUCACUAAUUUUGGUCUCUGCAAUUAAAGUAAAUGACAAAGGGUCACAAAUGAGAAAGGACAUCAAUAAAGG